AUGGUGAGCACGCGAACUCGCAGUGCUGCAGCGGAGGCCAGGAAAAAGCCGGCCCUGCAUGACAUCACCAACGACGGCAAGGGAGGCGCGAAGAGGAAGAGCGCGGGCGGUCAGAUCGCCGAGGCGGGUCCUCAGACUGUCGCUAAAGAAGAGGUGCCCGUCGCGGCGCGCACGCGAUCGACCAGGAAGAAGGACUCCGCGGUCGCCGGACGCGCGGACAUCAUCGCGAAGUUUGCCGCUGGGCAGAAGGGCGAUGUUCCCGCUGAGGCGCUCGAGGCGAAGUUCGAACGCGCCGCGAAUGGAAAUGCGACCGGGAAGAAGCGCAAGCCGCUGGAACACAUCCAGCAUGAGGCACCGAAGCGUAAGGAAAAGCGCUUGACGCGCGCGACGAGUCGCAAGGACGCAGAGGCUGAUCUCGGAGCGAGGCUUGAUCCUCGCAACCGGCGGGGACGUGGGCGCGGCGGAGGACGUGUAUCCGUUCUCCGUCGACGGCGGCAGACGCCUCAACGAGAAGCGCAUCGAGCUUCAGCCGUACGUCACCAAUGGCCAGCUCUUCAGCAUCAAGAUGCGUCAGGACCUCGUGGACUGGAUGUCGCAGCAGCACAGCACCCUGGAGCUGGUCGACGAGACCCUGCACCUCGCGAUACGAUACCUCGACACCUUCCUGAAUCGCAGAGGUGCGCACCCGCCCCGCCCGCCCCGCGCGAACCCGCCCAACCCCGAAUCACCGAGGUGUCCUCCCCGUCCGCGCACGAGUUCGCCGACGCCGCGGAGGUUGUCACGUUCACGCGCUCCCAGCUCCUGCUCGCCGAGAAGGCUUUACUCCGCGAGCUGGGCUACUUUCUGUAUCACCCGACGUCUUCCUCGUUUGCGGGCGCCUACCUGGCGCGACUCAUGCCGGGACUCCGAAAGGAGGGCCUGAUGGAACCCCGCGCUCGGGAGCAUCGCUUCCUCGCCGACGGCUGGAACACCAACCCGUGCGAGGACGUCUCGGAGAUUGUCGAUUACCUCCUGGAGGCUUCGACGAUUGCGCACGGAUCGCUUCAGUUUUCGCCCAGCGCCGUCGCGGCGGCUGCGGUGAGCUACACGUUGGAGAAGAUCUGGGGCGUGCGAUGGGAUUCCAUGCGGGAGCUGCACAAGAUGAGCGGGUACACCAAGCACGAUCUCGCCAAGGUGUACGCCUUCUUCGAUCGACUCAUCUCCGACGCGUACGAUAGCGAGGAGCUGGGGCGGGGAUUGCACAUCAACGACAAGCAUCAAAACGCGACUUCGAUUCUCUGGCGCAAAGCUUUCUUCACCAUCGAGGGUCUCGACGAGGGUUCGAGACGGGAGUGGGCGAUUCGAGAGGGCGGGCGCGAUCGCCGACCUGGAGAGGGGAGAAGCGUCGAUGGGAGCUUUUGUUUACGAAUGGACGCGCGAGGAGGAUGGAGGGCCCGCGGGUGGGACGCGGCGAGACGAGAGCCGCGGGCGGGAGCGGGGAUGAUUGGGAUAUCGGACGGGGAAAUCGAAACGCGGGCUGUGUCGACGACGCCCGAGAAACAAACCACGCACCUGCGAGGUGCACCGGCUUAGCGCCCGGGGCUUCAGAUGAAGCUCCGGGCGAGCAGGCUUGUAUUGCAUAAGAGACGCUUUGUCGCGAAA